ACUCACUUUACUCAUUCCAGAUUCCACUCCAACCACCCGCAAAACCCUAGCUAGCCACGCCCGUGCUCCCCUGACCACCUCCCGCCGGCGCCGGCGAUGGCCAGCCGGUUCUCCAACGUCGACCCGGUGACGGCGGCCGACAUGCGGCGCCAAGGCCUGGACCCGCACGAGCUGGACCGGAGGACGGAGCAGCUCAUGUCGCUCAUCCACGGCAACCUCCCGGACCCGCCCGUCUCCACCACCGCCCGCCUCACCGCCUUCCGCGCGCGCCCCUCCGACGGCGUGGACCGCAUCAGCCGCCUCUCCGACGCGCUCCUCCGCGACAUCGUCUCCCGCCUCCCCAUCAAGGACGCCGCCCGCACCGCCGCGCUCGCCGCGCGCUGGCGCGGGGUCUGGCGCUCGACGCCGCUGGUCCUCGUCGACACCCACCUGGUCUCGUCAGCGCGCGCCAGCACGCCGGACGUCAUCGCGGCCGUCUCCCGCGUCCUCGCCGCGCACCAUGGUCCCUUCCGCUCCGUCCACCUCACCUGCAGCUGCAUGGGCGCGUACCAGGCCCAGCUCAAGCGCUGGCUCCGUCUCCUCGCCGCCAGGGGCGUCCAGGAGCUCGUCCUCGUCAACCGCCCGUGGCUGCGCGAGGUGCCCCUCCCCAAGACGCUCUUCACCAUCUCCACCCUCACCCGCCUCUACAUCGGCGUCUGGAAGUUCCCGGACGCGGCCGGCCUCCAAGGCGCCUCCUUCCCCCACCUCCGGGAGCUCGGCAUCUGCAGCGUCGCCAUGAAGGACGGGGACAUCGACGCCGUCGUCUCAAGGAGCCCCGCCCUGGAGAUCCUCAACAUCCAAGGGAGCAUGAAGGGGGUGCAUCUCCGCCUCGUCAGCCACAGCCUCCGUUGCGUGCAGAUCUGCUCUUUCGUCAUAGAGAGCGUCAACGUGGUGAACGCCCCGCGUCUCGAGCGUCUCAUCCUGUCAGAGUGUCUCAAUCCUGCCGGCGGAUCGUGCAUCAGAGUAAAGAUUGGCAACGUCCCCAAGCUGAAAGUAUUCGGGUUCCUGGAGCCAGGAAAAUACGUGCUAGAGAUCCAAGACACUGUCAUCAUGGCUGGGAUUAAGACAAGUGCAAGCAUGAUGGUCACAAGCGUGAAUGUCCUUAGUAUGAAGGUGUGCUUCGGAGUCUACGACGAUGUCAAGAUGGUGCCCGCCUUCCUCAAAUGCUUCCCCAAUGUCGAGGCGCUGCAUAUUACGUCUGAAAAAUGCGAUCAACUCGCUGGCAAGUUCGACCUCAAGUUCUGGGAAGAGGUUGGUCUCAUCGUAAGUGUGCUCUUGCGGCUCAAGGUGAUCACGUUUCGUGAAUAUCGUGCCAGGCAAGAUGAGCUUGCCUUCCUCCAGUACAUCUUGCAGCAUGCAAUGGUGCUCAAGUAUGCAGUGGUUCAGAUGGUCAAUCCAAAAUUCACUUCACUGUCAGUAGAUGAGAUGGCCUACACCAUAGACAAUAUGCAAAAAAAAAAAAAAAAGGGCAACCUGGUGCAUGUAGCUCCCGCUUGCGCAGGGUCCAGGGAAGGGUCCGACCACUUUGGGUCUAUAGUACGCAGCCUUUCCCUACAUUUCUGUAAGAGGCUGUUUCCAGGACUUGAACCCAUGACCUCAUGGUCACAAGGCAGCAGCUUUACCAUAGACAAUAUGCAGCCUCCUAAAAAUAAAAAGUGGGCCAGCACAGUUGGUUUAUUAACCAUGGGGACUCAUGGUCCUGAAGGAGGUGAAACUUGGACUUUUCGGAAAGGAGCAGACCUCUCCGACGACGACCCUAUUGCACCAGUUAAAUUCAUCAUAAGGGUUGCAGGCCCGGCGAUGCGCCAGCACAAGUCACGAGCUGCCAAGCAUCGCAACUGAGAUCUUCGACGCAAGGAGUUAUGCACCGUGGGUGUGUUUAAUCUGAAGAAUUAACCUACCUGGUUGCCUUCCAUGGUUCUUGUAGUGAUAGAGUGCUGAAAAUGGUGUCAAGUUCCUACUCUGUUUUGCAUGAGUCUGUGUGUGGUGGUCCAUGGCCAGAGAUCAUUCUCCAGUAACUGAAAAAGACAUGGUGUAGUUGGCAACUUUAGGCACUGUAGUGAUCGAGUUCUGCAAUGGUGUCAACUCUAGUUGCUUCGUUUAUUUAUGAUGAACUACCUGUAUACCGAGCUCAUUCUAGUUCUAGUUCAGUAUGGCCGGAGCUCAUUCUCUA